AUGUGGCUCACUGUGCACUGGUUAGUCACCCGCCUCCCUGACCGCCUUGCCACUGCUCGCGACGCGCUUCUCCAGAAGCACCCCACUGAGCUCACUAUCGAUCUCCUUGAGACCGCUCUCGGGACGAUCGAGAGUAGCCUCCUCACCGUUGCCUCCGCCACUGACGCGGUGGCCCCCUGUCUCUUUGCGGGGUGUGCCGCCCCUCAGCUUCCCACUUUCACUGCUACCCGCGCUUCUGCUGCUGUGUCGGUUUCUGACGACACUGCUGCCGUUUCUGCCGCAGACUGGCAGAAACGGGGCAAGAGUAGCAAGAAGGGCGGGAAGGGGGGAGGUGGAGGCGGUGGAGGCGGCGGUGGAGGUGGCGGUGGAGGUGGGAGCGGCGGUGGUGGAGGCGGCGGCGGCGGUGGCGGCGGAGGAGGUGCACCGGAAGGAGGGGGCCUUGGAGGAGGUGCAGGACAGACAGGCCCGCCCAUUGGCGGUGGCCCGACCAGUGGGGGUGUUGGACCCCAGCAGCAGCAGUCGCAGCAGCACCAGCCACAGCAGGGACAUCAGCAGCAGCAGGGACCGCAGCAGCAGCAGGCACCGCAGCAGUUCCAGCAGUGGGGGCCCCCAUUGCACCCCUGUCUCUGCGGUCGCGACGACCACUCUGCCGUGCGGUGCUUCCGCCGCCUCGACGACCUCUACCGUGCUCGUUGGGGCCCUGCGGCGACCACGCCUCGCUGGGCUCACCUGUUAGCCCGUGCUUGUGUAGCCACUAGGACAGGUGACCCUCCGGCUGAGGGGUCCCUGUCCUUCACGCUGGACUCUGGUGCGUCUCAGUGCUUCUUCCGCGACCACACGACCCUCACGCCACUCCUUACUCCUGUUUCGGUAGCUCUGGCUGAUCCUACCUCAGGACCAGCCGUUGCGCGUAGCUCCACUACCCUCCCGUGUCCUGUGGUCCCCUCUGGUGUCCUGCGCGGCCUUCACAUCCCCUCGUUCACUCGGAACUUGGUGGGUGUUGGUUACCUCCAGGACAGGGGGAUCACAGUUACCUUUGUGGGGGGUGGGAGGACUGCGGUCUGUACAGACGCUGCCACAGGUGCUGUUCUGGCCACGUUCACCAGGGAGCCCCGCUCCUGUCUCUACGUUCUCCACACCGAGCGCUCCCCGGUUGCGUCGUCCGCUCUGGUCGUUGCGUCCCCUCCAGUCCAGGUCCAGGGGCUUGUCACAGGUCUCCCACGCACCUUUCCGUCGCUCCCUACCUCACUUGCUCCCCCUUGCACUCCUUGCGUCGCCGGUCGCUUACGCGCCACUCCUCACUCCUCCUCCCUUCGUCCGGCCACUGCUCCCUUCGAGACUCUCCACUUGGACGUCUGGGGCCCUGCCCCGACGCAGGGAUCUGGGAGAGAGCGUUACUUUCUGGUGGUCGUCGACGACUUCUCCACGUACACCACAGUGUUUCCUCUAGCGAAGAAGCCCGAUGUGACUGCUACGCUGAUCCGGUGGCUUCUGGCCACUGAGGGCACUCGUGGUCGUCGUGUCAGUUGUCUACACUCCGACCGUGAGGGCGAGUUUCGCUCCGGCAUUCUUGGCGGAAUCUGCGGCGAACACGGCAUCGUACAGUCCUGGACGCUUCCGGAGUCCCCACAGCAGAAUGGGGUUGCUGAGCGCCGCAUUGGCUUGGUCAUGGACAUUGCUCGCACGUCCAUGAUCCAUGCCCGUGCGCCCCAUUUUCUGUGGCCCUACGUGGUUCGCUACGCCGCACACCAGCUGAACCUCCAGCCGCGCGUCUCGCGGCCUGAGCCUUCACCGACCAGUCUUUGGACCGGGUCCCCUGGUGUUGGGUCGGCCUUUCGUGUCGGGGGCUGCCUUGCGCUUGUUCGCGACACCUCCGCGGACAAGCUCUCGGCACGCGCCGUCCCCUGUGUCUUCCUUGGUUUCCCGGUGGACUCUGCCGACAGGUCCUUUUACCACCCUCCCCUCCACCAGUUCCUAGACUCCCGUGACGUCCAGUUUGACGAGUCCGUGUCCUACUACACCUGGUACCCCUGUCGAGGUCUCCCAGUACCCCCUCCCCCCCCUUUCCUCGCACCCUCUCCUCCUCAUGCUCCCGCUCCUCCGGUAUCCCCGCCCCCCCCUGGUCCUACCCCGUCUGGUGUGUCCCACGCUACCCCUCUACCCUCGGUCGAGCGUCAGGGAGCGUCUCCCUCCCCGCAGUCCUCCUCACAGUCCCCUCAGCAGCCUUCGGCACUACCACGACAGGUUCCUGUAGACUCGGUUGGUGUUGGAGCUGGAGGUGCAGCCGCUGGCGGUGCUCGGUCUGGGGGUGCUCAAUCGAGGGGUGCUGGAGCUGGAGGUGCUGGCGCAGGUGGCGCUAGCUCUGGGGGUGCUGGAGCUGGAGGUGCUAGUUUUGGGGGUGCUGGAGUUGGAGGUCCUGGCACUGGAGGUGCUAGUUCUGGGGGUGCUGGAGCUGGAGGUGCUGGCACAGGAGGUGCUGGUUCUGGGAGUGCUGGUCCUGGAGGUGCUGGUCGUGGGGGUGCUGGUGCUGGAGGCGCUGGCACUGGAGGUGCUGGUUCUGAGGAGACUGGAGCUGGAGACACUGGUUCUGCGGAGUCCACUCCGCCUCCCCACUGCCACGACACGCAGGACAGAGAGUAUGAGCUGGAGUACUAG